GCGUGUAACGGUUUGUCCGGAAUUUCCAUUCAAAGUGGAUUUUGACAGUUGGCUUUUAGGCCGUAAUCAUAUGUUUGUCGAGAAUUUUCAUGCAUUUUCUAGCAUAUACUUCUAGUAAAUAUUCAAUUAGUGGAUAGACCGAAUACGUCCAAUGCACAAAAUUUGCAGCAGAAGAAACGAGAGGCAGAUCAAAAAGUAUGAUAUCGGUGAUUAAAAAAAAGUUCUGCGUAUGCCUGGUCCAGACAUUUACAGACUUUUAAAACAGUAAUAAACUGACCGAUUUUCUUCAGAAAAUAGAUGUGUCCCAGCAUGCAAAGAAUUACGAAUCAAAUACCGUUCAUACUUUUACCAUUUAGAUUUUUUUUAAGAAAUUUAGAACUUAAUCUUUCACGGAAUCUUUUUGGUCUUUUUCGGAGUAACGAACCAAUGAUCUCUAAAUGCGCAGGUAUCCUUCUGUUGAUCAACAGCAUGCGGCAGCUGUUCAAAUCGUAAAAUUAUUUCCACAACUUAGUAAUACGCGAGUCACACCAACUGCUCCUGAUGAGUCAUUUUUCUUUUGGCGCAACGGAGGCAAGGAAAAGGGUGCUCAUACUGGCAUGAUAUUUCAUCGCAUCCGGAAUGUCAUCAAACAGCUACCUGCAGAAAAACAUAAAUAUAAUCGAGGAACUAUGCCUGUAGAAGAGUCCGUUUCAACUGAACUUGUAGAGCGGGCUCAAUUGCUCCGAGUAAUGCUUGCAUCGGCAUCAGUAGCAGAACAUAUUUGUGAUGAAAUGGACCGAUGCUUUCCAGUCCUCAAACUGUUAUUAAAAGAAAAGAAACCCGUUAAUGAUAUCUUGGAUAUGUUUCCACACCUGUGUUCAUAUGAAGGAUUGGUGAUUCGUCAAAUGUUUGAGAGAUUGUAUCCUAACAGAACAGAAGGUCUCAAAAUCGAGGAUGUCUUCUCUCAGUGUCUAUCUUAUUCACCGUCCAGAUUCUCUAGAGUAGAAGAUGAUCACAUUCGAGGAUGCUUGAGAAUAAUUUCUCAUAUGCCAAUUCGCGGACAAAAAAGAACGCUGGUAGGCUGUCCAACUGUAGGCGAAGAACAUUCGGCUUCAAUUUUAAUUCGUUGGAUUGGGGUAAAUGCAAUAUAAUAUACAUAAGGUUAGAUGUAAUGAUUUUAUAUCAUCAUUAGGAGUGCUUAGAUACAUACAUGGCAUCCCCCGCAACUGAUUCCAAACUACACAUGGUGUGCGUAGCAAGCCCGAUGAAAAGAGGAAAUUAUGCCGUCAUUUGUGAGAAAAAAGUUAUAUUCGAGACUAACAAUUCUAUUCAUGCAGUGGAAAUUUUAUUCAAAUGCCACGCAGUUCUCGGAGUGGAGGUGCCACCUAAUUUUAGAAUGUUUUGGGACUUUCUGGCAUGUGCCAUAUAUAAUAUAAUUCCGCACAGUCAGAGGACAACUGUGAAUAGACUCGUCCAAACUUUUAUUGAAGUUUCCCGCGCACGUAUUGACAACAAAUAAAAGGACAACUUUUUUAUACAAUACUUACUAAAAACCAUAAAAUUUAAUAAACAGAAGUUUCUUUAAUUAUUAUUGUAAAAAUAUUCCAUAAGAAAAGAAAGACUGCAUUGUGUUGUAUCCAAAACAAAAUUUUGACGGCCAAUUUCUUCACUGGAUGUAAACCGGUUUAGUUCCAGUUCAAAUGCAACAAUCGAUCAUGAACCAAUUUAAAUAGGAAUCGGUUGUUGCAUUUCUUCUUACAGAAACCAUUCAGAAUUGCAAGUCAUAAUCCGGAUGGCUCCAGUCAGUAUUCCGGCUCCAGUGA